AUGAGUUAUACUGACAAUCCUCCUCAAACAAAGAGAGCUUUAUCGUUAGACGAUUUAGUCAACCACGACGAGAACGAAAAGGUUAAACUACAAAAAUUAAAUGAAGCGGCAGAUGCAACCAUGCCUGUUGCAGGAAACGCAGAACCUAGCUCAAAUCAACCUGCUGCAAUUGGCAAUUCUAAGGAGAACGUUGGCGGUGAUUCCAACAAGCAAAAACCUACGGCACGCAAGUCAUCGGCUGAUGACGAAGAGACAGAUACAGAUGAUGAUGUGGGUACAAGUGGAGAGAUUAAUUUUGAUUCAGGUAUGGAUUUUGACUACGAUAGACAGCAUAGAAACCUAUCCCCUAAGGGAUUGCCUCUCACGGACGGUGCGACCGACCCUGAAGCCAAGCUAGAAAAAUCUUCAGAUGAAUCAAUACUCUCCAACGUCAGGAUUGACGAAGAACGCGGGAUACCGAAACACACCAGCGGCGAAAAUACUGCAAGCAAUACUACAAUUCAAAGAGCACCACAGGAGCAGAAAAUACCGGGAGCUACGGUCAAGAAGGAGGAAGAAAAGAAUGCAGCAGUCAGCAAUAUUUUUGAGGAAAAAGCUACUUUACAAUCCAAAAAGAACAAUAUCAAGAGGGAUUUAGAAGUUCUUAAUGAAAUAUCCGCAUCUUCCAAGCCCAGUAAAUACAAAAAUGUUCCAAUUUGGGCCCAGAAAUGGAGACCCACCAUUAAGGCUCUUCAAAGCAUAGAUAUGAAGGAUCUUAAAAUUGACCCAUCUUUUUUGAACAUUAUUCCCGAUGAUGAUUUGACAAAAUCGGUACAAGACUGGGUUUAUGCUACGAUAUAUUCCAUUGCACCUGAACUAAGAUCGUUCAUUGAAUUGGAAAUGAAAUUCGGUGUGAUUAUUGAUGCGAAGAGCCCAGACCGUGUAAAUCCACCUGUUUCUUCGCAAUGUGUUUUCACUGAGCUCGAUGCUCACCUUACCCCGAAUAUUGACUCAUCUUUGUUCCAAGAGCUAAGCAAAUAUAUUCGUGGUAUCAGCGAGGUCACUGAAAAUACGGGUAAAUUUAGUAUUAUUGAAUCUCAAACAAGAGAUUCCGUGUAUAGAGUUGGACUUUCCACACAAAGACCAAGGUUUUUAAGAAUGAGUACUGAUAUCAAGACGGGGAGAGUGGGGCAAUUUAUAGAGAAAAGACAAGUGGCUCAUCUGCUAUUGUAUUCCCCAAAGGAUAGUUACGAUGUUAAAAUUUCCUUGAACUUGGAAUUGCCUGUACCUGAUAAUGACCCUCCAGAAAAAUACAAAUCUCAGAGUCCGAUUAGUGAAAGGACGAAAGACCGUAUUAGUUACAUUCACAAUGAUUCGUGUACAAGAAUAGAUAUCACGAAAGUCGAGAACCAUAAUCAAAGUUCAAAGAGUAGACCGUCUGAGACCACUCAUGAGGUAGAAUUGGAAAUCAACACGCCUGCGUUGCUAAGUGCCUUCGAUAAUAUAACAAAUGAUAGCAAAGAAUAUGCAUCUCUUGUCAGAACGUUUCUAAAUAACGGUACAAUUAUCAGAAGGAAGUUAUCUUCUUUAUCAUAUGAGAUCUUUGAGGGUUCAAAGAAGGUUAUGUAA